ACGACGGCCGGAGCCAUGAAAUGCCAGCUGAGCCUGCUGCUACUGCCCGUCCUGGUGUCGCUGGCGCUGCUGGGGCUGCGGGUGCAGCGCUUCGCCGAGGAGCCCAUCACCACCACCACCACUGACCUCCGGCACCCGCUGCAGCCCCCCUACCCCCACCCCUACCGCUUCAUCCUCAACCAGCCCCACAAGUGCCGGGACCGGACGCCCUUCCUGGUGCUGCUGGUGGUGACGGAGCCGGGGGACACGGCUGGCAGGAAUGCCAUCCGGCAAACCUGGGGCAACGAGAGCUCAGUGCCGGGGGUCUCCAUGCUCCGUCUCUUCCUCAUCGGCGUCCACCCGGUGUUCAGGAAGGAGCUGCAGCCGGUGCUGGAGGAGGAGAGCCUUCUCCACCGCGACAUCCUCCAGCAAGAUUUCUUGGACACCUACAACAACCUGACGUUGAAGACGCUGAUGGGCAUGGAGUGGGUGAGCAAGCACUGCCCCAACGCCAGCUACGUGAUGAAGGCCGACCACGACGUCUUCCUCAACCUGGGCUACCUGGUGCAACAGCUCCUGGUGCCCCCCAAGAAGAACUUUAUGACGGGUUACAUCUACCGCAACACGGGGCCGCUGCGCAGCAAGGCCUACAAGUGGUACGUGCCCCACGAGGUCUACCCCAACGCCACCUACCCGCCCUACUGCGGCGGACCCGGCUACGUCCUCUCCGGGGACUUGGCCAGCAAAAUCUACGGCAUCGCCCAAACCUUGCCUGUCAUCAACAUGGAGGAUUCCUUCAUGGGCAUCUGCCUGCACGCGCUGGGCAUCGCCGUCACCAGCAGCCCUUGGGGCGUCUUCAACAUGUUCUGGAUCAAGUACGAGAAGUGCCGGUUCUCCCGGCUGGUGAUGGUCCAUCACUACCAGCCCGAGGAUCUGCUGAAGGUCUGGCCCCACUUCCAGGAGGCGAAGGUGAGCUGCCACCACUAG